GGCAAGGGAGGGACGGACCGGGAAGACGGCCCCUUUGGGGGAGGGGCGCCGCCCCGCGAGUCCGCGUGUGUGCGUGCGAGUGUCCGGCCCGGUGCGGGCUGCGCGGCGGCGUGCGGUCUCUGCGCCUGCGGGCCGGAGCCUGUUUGCCCCCGGGAGACGGCGCCCGGUUCUGCGCCCGUCGGUGUGUGCUGGCUGGGCUCCGGCCUUCGCCUGGGCGUCCUUGGCUUCGCCACUGCGGCCUGGGGCCUAGGCCUGAGGGACCAUGGCACUACCUCUGGGCCCAGCUGCCCUCCCGCACUCGCUGCUGCUCCUGCCAGCCCUUCUGAGCUCAGGUUGGGGGGAAUUGGCACCAGAAAUUGAUGGUCAGACCCGGGCGGAGCUGGCACUUCGGGAGAAUGAGCAGCACGCCUUCACCUGCCGGGUCGCAGGGGGGCCUGGAACCCCCCGAUUGGCCUGGUACCUGGAUGGACAGCUGCAGGAGGCCAGCACCUCAAGACUGCUGAGCGUGGGCGGGGAGGCCUUCUCCGGAGGCACCAGCACCUUCACUGUUACUGCCCAGAGGGCCCAGCAUGAGCUUAAUUGCUCCUUGCAGGACCCCAGCAGUGGCCGGCCAGCCAAUGCCUCUGUCAUCCUCAAUGUGCAAUUUAAACCAGAGAUUGCCCAGGUUGGGGCCAAGUACCAGGAAGCUCAGGGUCCAGGCCUCCUGGUUGUCCUUUUUGCUCUGGUGCGUGCCAACCCCCCUGCCAAUGUGACCUGGAUCGACCAGGAUGGGCCGGUGACUGUCAACGCCUCCGACUUCCUGGUGCUGGAUGCCCAGAACUACCCUUGGCUGACCAACCACACUGUGCAGCUGCAGCUCCGAAGCCUGGCCCACAACCUCUCUGUGGUGGCCACCAAUGACGUGGGUGUCACCAGCGCCUCGCUUCCGGCCCCGGGGCUUCUGGCCACCCGAGUGGAAGUGCCACUGCUAGGCAUCGUUGUGGCUGGAGGGCUUGCACUGGGCACCCUGGUGGGGUUCAGCACCUUGGUGGCCUGCCUGGUCUGCAGGAAAGAGAAGAAGACCAAAGGCCCCUCCCGGCGCCCAUCCCUGAUCUCUAGUGACUCCAACAACCUGAAACUCAACAACGUGCGGCUGCCACGGGAGAACAUGUCCCUCCCGUCCAACCUUCAGCUCAAUGACCUCACUCCGGAUUCCAGAGCAGGGAAGCCAGUUGAUCGGCAGAUGGCUCCGAAUAACAGCCGGCCGGAGCUGCUGGACCCAGAGCCUGGCGGCCUCCUCACCAGCCGAGGUUUCAUCCGGCUCCCCAUGCUGGGCUAUAUCUAUCGAGUGUCCAGUGUGAGCAGUGAUGAGAUAUGGCUCUGAGCGGGGCGAAAUGGGGGGUACCUUCUUGGCUCCUGGGCACCCCCCCCACGGCCACCUCUGCCUGGCCCUAUUGCCACUGGGAAGAGGUCAUGCCGCUGCUGCUUUGGCUUGCCCUCCUGGUUGAGGCACCCUCUGUGUCAUCCACAUGACGUUUGUCACUGGGAUUUGACCCUCAGGGGCACAGGUGUCUUGGCAGAGCCACCAUCUGGACCUCAGCCCCUUGUUCUACCUUAGGUAGGGGGGCCUUCAGGCUCGUGCACCCCGGCAGCUGGAGCUCUUUAUGCAGGUGUGUGUGCGGUUGUCUGGCCUCUGAGUGUGGUCUGGCCCUGCCGGCCUGGGCCUGCUUUGGGCCACACACCAGUAGUCGUAGCACUUUGUACAGCAGGCACAGGACAUUCCUGGUGGGGGGGCAGGGAGGGCCCUGCAUGUCUUCAGUUUCCUCCCCAUGCUGUGCAGCUUUGUUCCCUCAGGGAAAAUUUAGGACCCUGAUAGCUGUAUCAAACCAAACUGCCCUUUGCACGGAAACCAACCCCUGGCCCAGGGGCAGGGGCCAAGCACAAAUUUUGCUGCAUACCUCUUUGCCCUUCUCUUGUCUCCGUCUCCUCUUGGGCAUUGUAUAUUAUACUUUGGACCUUCUGCAUUUCUCCACUGGGCACUAGACUUCUCCAUUGACCUAAGCCUGGCGGUGCCAGGGCCCGGUGUUAGCACAAGUCAGGAGGAAAAGAGGGAGGCAGGAAGUCCAGUGGCACCCCCAGCAGCACGUAGCUAUGCAUCUUUUUCUUAUGGUGUUGGCACUUUAAGCACAUCCCCUUGGUAGGGGGUUAGGGAGCACUGCAGGGCCUUCUCUGUGGCUUCCCCAAGUCUGGCCUUCCUCUGAUUCACUGUGAGUGCCCUGAGCCCUCAACCUAUUUUCACAAACCCCCACCAUGGGACCCCAUUGACCAGCCCCUAACUGCCUCAUCAGCAGGAAGGCCCACUCUUCCUGUGCCACCGUUGGUUCUUCAGGGGCUGUUGAUAGUGGCACAUUAUUUGACAGAGCUAGAAGCUUUUAGGGCAACAUGGAAAAAGAGGGGGGAACCAUGUACCCCAAAACAAUGUAAGAAUUCUUUGGAAAGCAACAUGGAAAUAGCAAAUUAUUAUAGUGCAGAGUAUAUUUUUCCCUUGUUGAUAACUUGUUUUAUAGUUUUUUUCAUGUUACUGCCUAGGACAGUGCUGAGCACACAAUAAAUUUAAUAAAUUUGGCUGAGUGAAUGUUA